UUCAGGCUCUAUAAAAACAGCCAGCGGAGAGAGGAGAUUCCCCAAAACUACGGAAAUCCCAAGAAAAAAAACCCAGCAAAAAGAAGAAGGGUUUUCGGAAUCGGAAUCGGGACCGGAGGUGUUGGGAUGGGGAGCGAAGGAGCGAUGAUUGUGAAGAAACCCAGAUUGCUUUGUCUUCAUGGGUUCAGGACGAGCGGCGAAAUCAUGAAGAAGCAGAUUCAUAAAUGGCCAGAGUCUGUUCUCGAGAGGCUCGAUCUCGUCUUCCUCGACGCGCCUUUUCCCUCUCAGGGUAAAUCCGAUGUCGAGGGAAUCUUCGAUCCGCCUUAUUACGAGUGGUUCCAAUUCAACAAGGAAUUUACUGAGUACACAAAUUUUGAAAAGUGUUUGGAGUAUAUUGAGGAUUACAUGAUCAAACAUGGACCCUUUGAUGGUCUUGUUGGUUUCUCUCAGGGUGCGAUCCUAUCCGGUGGGUUGCCAGGACUUCAAGCCGCGGGAAUAGCUCUUCAGAAGGUUCCCAAGAUCAAGUUUCUGAUCAUAAUUGGCGGCGGAAAGUUCAAAUCUCCGUCGGUGGUCGAGAAGGCGUUCUCUUCUCUCGUCGAAAUUCCUUCUCUACAUUUCUUAGGGGAGACGGAUUUCUUGAAGCCGUAUGGAAUCGAGCUUAUAGAAUCGUUCAAAGAUCCGGUCGUGGUUCAUCAUCCCAAGGGUCACACAGUCCCUAGGCUUGCUGAUGAGAAAAGCUUGGAGAGCGUUCUGGGAUUCGUCGAGAAGAUGGAAAAUAUUCUGACCGAAGAAGAGAGAGGAGUGACGAAUGAGUAGUAGUUGCGGUUACGGAAAUCGUGUUUACGUUUGCGUUUACUUUCCAACGCAAAACGCAAAGAGAUACUGUAGGUGGCUUCGGAGAUGAAGCUUUAAACCUAUGGAAAAAAAGUUUAUUUUUUAAAUACACAUAGACGCAAUGGUAUAUAAAUAUCAAGGUAUUCGACAAUAAAAUUAAUAAAUAUAAAACGGUUCGAUAAAAUUUAUAAACGAAAAUACUUUUUACAAACUUCCAUAUAAUCUAUGUUCUCUCUACAACGAGUUCUCUUUGUUUUUUUAUAACGAUAAAUGUAUUAUCACUCAAAAAAUUAUGUCUGUACAUGAUGACCAUAAAUCAAGACCAGCCCCAAAGGUACACGUUACGUACAA